AUGGGCCAGGGAAAGUCGACUCCCUUGAGUGUGACUCUUGAUCAUUGGAAAGAGGUUCGGGGACGAGGUUUUGAUCUCUCGGUUAAUGUAAAGAAGGGUCCCUGGCAAACUUUCUGUUCGGCCGAGUGGCCCUCAUUUGGUGUCGGGUGGCCCGUUGAUGGCUCUUUUGACCUAAAUUUGAUUUCCCAGGUUUUCUCCCGAGUUUUCGAGUCCCGGACUGGUCACCCUGAUCAACAACCUUAUAUUCUUGUCUGGCAGGACCUGGCCCAGCGACCUCCUUCGUGGGUCCGGCCCUUCCUCUCUCCAUCUAACCAGUCCCAGGUUCUUGUUUCACAGGUUCGUAGAGUCCCACAGAAGACGCCUCUGCCCGACUCGCAGACUGACCUUCUCCUCCUUGAUCCACCCCCUCCCUAUCCCCCUUCUCUCCCCCCUGCCCCAGGACCUCUUCCCCUGCCCCCGGUCCCUUCGGCUCCCCCGGCCCCUCCACCUGUCCAGGCUGCCCAGGGUGGUCCCUCGCAGCACACGCGAAGCCGGAGGACCCAGCCUCCUUGUUCGCCCGAUUCCACGGUUGCCUGUCCCCUUCGCCCCCUCGGCCCGCCGCCGCCUCCCCUAGACGACGGUACCCCGGUUCUCCCCCCCUUUCAGUAUUGGCCCUUCUCCUCUUCUGAUCUGUAUAACUGGAAAACCAACCACCCUCCGUUCUCUGAGGACCCGUCUAAACUCACCGCUCUGGUUGAGUCCCUCAUGUUUUCCCAUCAACCCACUUGGGAUGAUUGUCAGCAACUCCUCCAGACCCUCUUUACUACAGAGGAAAGAGAAAGAAUUCUCCUGGAAGCUAGAAAGAAUGUUCGGGGCCCGGAUGGGCGCCCGACACAACUCCCCCAUCUCAUAAAUUCUGCCUUUCCUUUAGCCCGCCCUGAUUGGGAUUUUAAUAAUGCAGAAGGUAGGGAGCGACUGACGGUCUACCGCCAGACUCUAAUGGCAGGUCUCCGAGAUGCCCAUCGUCCCACUAAUUUGGCCAAGGUGAGGGAAGUUAUACAGGGAGCCACGGAACCCCCGGCAGUGUUCCUAGAAAGGUUAAUGGAGGCCUAUCGCCGAUACACCCCUUUUGACCCCACAUCUGAAGGUCAUAGUGCAUCGGUGGCUAUGGCUUUCAUUGGUCAGUCAGCUCCGGAUAUCAGGAAGAAAUUACAAAGGAUGGACGGGUUACAGGACUUAGCUCUCAAGGACCUCGUUAAAGAGGCUGAGAAAGUUUAUCAUAAGAGAGAGACAGAAGAAGAGAAGGAGCAGAGACAGGAGAAGGAGAGGCAGGAACGAGAAAAACAGAGAGAGAAGCGGGAAGAGAAACGACUGACUCGUAUCCUGGCCGCAGCGGUAGGAGAGAAAACAAAUCAGAGAAAGAAACAGGAAGGACAGAAAAGGAAACGCCAGGGCGGCAACAAACCUCCGCUAGACCGAGACCAAUGUGCCUAUUGCAAAGAAAAAGGACACUGGAAGAACGAAUGCCCCCAGAAGCCCAAGAAAAAUCCGGUGCUUGCCCUCCAUGAGGACAGUGACUAGGGGAGUCAGGGCUCGAUUCCCCUCCCCGAGCCCCGGGUAAUUCUCAAUGUGGAGGGGAGACCAGUUAAUUUCCUGAUUGAUACCGGAGCUCAGUUUUCAGUCCUCAAGUGGCCUCUAGGAAAACUAUCUGGCCGAGCCUCCCUGGUCCAAGGGGCGACCGGACAUAAGAAAUACCUUUGGACCACUACCCGGAGCAUUGACCUAGGCCGGGGAGAAGUGACUCACUCAUUCCUUGUCAUACCUGAGUGCCCCGCUCCCCUCCUGGGAAGAGACCUUCUGACCAAGCUGGGGGCCCAGAUUACCUUCACCCCGGCAGGACCCACUACCAAAUGGGGACCCCCGAUGGCCCUCACUCUCCGUCUAGAGGAUGAACAUCGGCUCUUUCAGUCAACCGGUAAGACCCCUGCUGACCUCGAUCACUGGCUACGGGAAUUUCCUAGGGCGUGGGCAGAGACUGCUGGGGCUGGAGAAGCUACCCAACAACCACCGGUAGUCAUUGAGCAAAAGGCAGCAGCCACCCCAAUAGCAGUUCGCCAGUACCCAAUGCCCAGAGAAGCUAGAGAAGGAAUACAGCCUCACAUUACCCGCCUCCUGGGCCUGGGCUUUCUGGUCAAGUGCCAAUCGCCCUGGAACACCCCCCUCUUGCCAGUCAAAAAGCCAGGAACCAAUGACUAUCGUCCUGUCCAGGACCUGAGAGAGGUCAACAAGCGGGUUCAGGAUAUCCAUCCUACUGUUCCAAACCCUUAUAACCUCCUCAGCACUAUCCCUGCGGGUCAUGUCUGGUAUACGGUCCUGGACCUUAAAGACGCUUUCUUCUGCCUCAAACUCCACCCGGAGAGUCGGAAAUUAUUUGCUUUCGAGUGGAAGGAUCCGGAGUCGGGGGAUUCCGGGCAGCUAACCUGGACCAGGCUACCCCAAGGGUUUAAGAACUCCCCCACCAUCUUUGAUGAGGCUCUCCAUAAAGACUUAGCAAUGUUCAGGGCAGAACACCCCCAAGUGACUCUCCUCCAGUAUGUAGAUGACCUCCUCCUGGCGGGAGCCACAGAAGAGGAGUGCUUGGCGGGAACCAGGGGCCUCCUGUCCGAACUUUCCAAGCUGGGAUAUCGAGCCUCGGCCAAAAAGGCUCAAAUCUGCCAAAAGAGAGUCACAUAUCUAGGGUAUGCCCUAGAAGGGGGACAACGGUGGCUAACAGAAGAGAGAAAAGCCACCGUCCUACAGAUCCCCACUCCACAGACCCUUCGCCAAGUCCGAGAGUUCUUAGGAACAGCCGGGUUCUGCCGCCUGUGGAUCCCAGGAUUUGCCACUAUGGCAGAGCCCCUAUACCCACUAACCAAGCAAGGGCAGCCCUUUCACUGGGGAAAAGAGCACCAAAAAGCCUUCUUAGACAUCAAGGAGGCCCUGCUUUCGGCCCCAGCACUGGCCCUCCCCGAUGUAGAGAAACCUUUCACCCUCUACAUUGACGAAAGAAAAGGGGUAGCCCGGGGGAUCUUGACCCAGGCUCUCGGACCCUGGAAGCGGCCUGUGGCCUACCUCUCCAAGAGACUAGAUCCUGUGGCUCGAGGGUGGCCCGCCUGUCUCCGGGCCAUAGCGGCCACUGCCCUCCUCGUCAAGGACGCUGAUAAACUAACUCUGGGCCAAAAGCUGACUGUCAUUGCCCCACAUGCCUUAGAGAGCAUCAUCCGUCAACCUCCUGACCGUUGGAUAUCCAACGCCAGGGUCACCCAUUACCAGAGUCUACUCCUAGAUGAAGGAAGGAUUACAUUCGGGGCUCCUGUGACUCUUAACCCGGCCACUCUCCUGCCCACAGAAGGGGAAGAAGGACAAGAGGUCCUACACCCCUGCCUCGAAAUCCUAGCAGAGGAGACCGGGGUUCGGAGAGACCUGAAGGACACCCCUUUGACGGGGGCGGACUACACUUGGUUCACUGAUGGGAGUAGUUUUCUCCUAGAUGGGCAACGGAAGGCAGGUGCUGCAGUUGUAAACCUUCAAGAUACGGUGUGGGCAAGUAGCCUCCCCGAAGGGACCUCGGCCCAAAAAGCAGAACUAAUCGCCCUCACUAAGGCCCUACAGUUAGCAGAGGGGAAGGCAGUCAAUAUCUACACUGACAGUAGAUAUGCUUUUGCCACCGCACAUGUACAUGGUGCCAUCUACCGACAGCGAGGCCUGCUAACUUCGGCAGGAAAAGAAAUCAAAAACAAAUCAGAGAUCCUACAAUUGUUAGACGCUGUCUUAGCACCUAAACGCCUAGCCAUUAUACACUGCCCCGGGCACCAGAAAGGAGAGUCUAAGGUUGCAGAAGGGAACAGACGAGCCGACGCAGCAGCCCGAGGAGCAGCCCUCGGAUUGACGGCAUGGCCCCUGAAGCCUCCCCAGCCGACUUUUCUACACUACUCCCAAGAAGAGGAAGACAAAUUUUCCAGCCAGCCUGAUCUGUUCCUAAAGAAGCAAGGCAUCUGGACUACCCGGACGGAAGGUAAGCCGGUUGUCCCCCGGGAGGCGGUGGCCGAGUACCUUGCCCAACUUCACAGGAUCACCCACCUUGGAGAAAAAAACCUCAGGAAAAUCUGUGGCAGUACUGGAUAUCACUUCCAAGGACUGACCAAGGCCCUGGAGAAAGUCAUCCGGAGCUGCCGUGCUUGUCAGCUAGUCAACGCAAAAGCCUCCACCAUCUCUGAAGGAAAGCGAGAAAGAGGAGAUAAACCGGGAGUGUACUGGGAAGUAGACUUCACUGAGGUAAAACCCGCCAGAUAUGGAUAUAAAUAUCUUUUAGUAUUCAUAGAUACCUUCUCAGGAUGGGUUGAGGCCUUCCCCACCAAGCAUGAGACUGCGAUGAUAGUGGCCAAGAAAAUCCUAGAAGAAAUUUCCCCCCGGUUCGGACUACCCAAGGUAAUCGGGUCUGAUAACGGACCAGCUUUUGUCGCCCAGGCUGAAAGCCAUCGAGUCCCUGCAGAAGGAAGUAUGGACUCCCCUGGCAGAAGUCUAUAAGCCAGGGGACCUUCGUGUUCCACACCAGUUUCAGGUCGGGGACCUGGUCUACGUCCGGCGCCACCGCACCGCCAGCCUAGAGCCCAGGUGGAAAGGCCCCUACGUUGUCCUCCUGACUACACCCACGGCUGUCCGGGUCGACGGAGUUCCAGCGUGGGUCCAUUCCUCGCAUGUCAAGAAAGCCCCCGACCAGGAUCCAGAUGGCUGGGUCGCGGAGAAGACAGACAACCCCCUCCGACUCAGGGUCUACAGGCGCUCCAACCCUACGCAUCCAACCCCCUAAAGACACCAGAACCUUCAGCUUUGCUCUGAUCGGCCUCCUUCUCCUAAGUAUCCCCCAAAUCAGCAGCAACCCUCGUGCUCCCAAAAGACUAACUUGGAAGGUAAUAUCUGGUCACACGGGAAAGAUUAUCUGGUCCAUAACGAGGGUGGCCCCUCCCGGCACCUGGUGGCCCGACCUUACACCAGAUCUCUGUGCCCUGGCAGCUGGGGCGAGACAUUGGGAUAUACCACUUCUUGAGGCAGAAGAAACCAGAGAGGGACAAGAGAGCCGCGACUACAUAGGUCGCGGAGCUGACUUACGAUAUGGGGUACAUUGUAGCUAUCUGUGGGUUAGGGAGCAGUUAGCCCGUACUCCCUUCUAUAUAUGUCCCAAAGACAGGCUGGGGCAUAGAAAGAAUUGUGGAGGGGAACGGGAGUACUUUUGUGCAGAGUGGGGGUGCGAGACCUCAGGCACGGGCUACUGGAUCCAGAACCCACCCCAGUGGGAUCUCAUUCAAGUGGGAAGGAAUCGGACCCAGAACAGCCAGGCUAGAGGAUGGAUAAACACCUUAAACAUCUCUUUCACCUCAGCCGGAAAAGCAACAGCAUCAUACCAUUGGGUGGCAGGGAAGAAAUGGGGACUUAGAUUAUAUAAAGACGGCCAUGAUGAUGGUCUUCUUUUCUGGAUUCGGUUGGAGAUUCGUGAUUACCAACCUUCCCCUGAGGUAGGACCCAAUCCAGUCCUCUCUGGGCGAGAGAUCCGAGAGAAGAUAACAGCCCCUACUCCUAGCCCAGGCCCCUAGGUAUACAGAAGAAUUAAAAAUAGCCAUUAAUGAAAACUUAAAAAAUAUAGAGCAAUCCAUCACCAAACUAGAAGAAUCCCUCACUUCCUUAUCAGAGGUAGUCCUCCAGAACAGGCGGGGGCUCGACCUUCUCUUUCUGAAGGAAGGAGGUC